AUGGCCAGACACGAGCCCUGCCUAGGACAGAGAAGCAACAGACAUAUCCGUUGCGAGCAACCAGGAUGCACAUCGACAUUUGGGCGUGAAGACGCACUGCUCGUCCACCUCCGGCGAAGCCAUCCGGAGCUGAAUACCCCACCGGCAAAAAAGCGGAAAAGGUGA